AUGUCGAACCGUUCUGAUGAUUCGCUAGAUUCGCUCUUUAAUUACGAGCCGAGCCGUGCAGACGCCGAGGCGAGGGGUGUAACCGGAUCCUCCGAGGCGUCUGUCUCGCCGAGCUCUUCCGAAAAUUACGCCGAGGCAUCUGCUUCGCCGAGCCCUUCAAAAACUUCCGCCGAGGCUGGCGACGUGUUGAAUUUUCCGAGCCCUUCAGGCACUUGCUCUGUUAAUAAUGAGGCUUCUGCUUCGACGAGCUGUCACCGAGGUCCUGUUAAACAAGAAGAGGUUGAUUACGCCGCGGUUAAGGCCGAGGAAGAAGCGUUUCCUUUCGAUCCGGUUGAGGCGAGGCCCGAAUUGGAGCAGCUUAUGGCAUCCCGAGGCGCCUCUUCUUCUAGGCAGGGGAAACCUAAACGGGCGUUACGCCAUCGUUUUAGGAUAUCCGAAGCGGUUGAAUUUGUCGUUCCGGAAAAGAAUGACCGAGCCGACAAGCCUCCCGAAAACCAUUUCACCUUAUACGAGGCGUUUUUUGAGCUCUGCUUCCUAUGGUUCCCAAUCCCUGGAGUUAUCCUCGAAUACUUGUGGGAACAUGAGAUUUCGAUCGGGCAGAUUAUGCCGAGGGGUUUGCGACAUAUGAUUGGCAUCCUGGUUCGGAGCUUCGAAUGCGGUGUCGACAUCGAGCUCGGUCAUCUGCACAAUCUGUUGGAAAUCCGGAGAGCCCCGGGAGGAAGCAGAUUUUAUAUUUCCAACAAGUCCAACCGUCAGAUCAUAGGCGGUUUCUCGAGCAAAGAUCAGUUUUGGACUGAACGUUUCUUCUGCGUUUUGGUGAACGAGGCGUCAGUGGGCGAGGAUUUUGUAAAUAAGACGAAGACCGUUUGGGGACCACUUGUUCGGAGUUUUCUUCCCCCUGUUCCCGACGACCUUUUCUCUGUUCGAGAUACUCUUGCGGCUCGGAAGUUCUUCUCCAUCAAAUUCAUCAGGAGACACGCGAGAGAAGAUAGAGAGCCCGAGCUAUCUAUCUUCUCUGUUCGAGAUACUCUUGCGGCUCGGAAGGUUAACUGGAGAAAGCAUCUUUCUUUCGAGAGAGUAGAGAGAGCCCGAGCUAUCUUCGCCGGGGUAUCCAUCAGUUCUUCUUCAUCAAAUUUAUCAGGAGACACGCGAGAGAAGAUGGUGAUCAUUACGCUCAGGGAUAAGAAGCAACGCGAAGCCGAGGAGAUUGCCAGGAGAGCCAAACGAGUAGCUCUUGCGGAGACCGAGGCAGUACCUCGUGAUGAUCCGCCGAGGUAUGAGGGGGACGAAGUCGCCCGAGCUGCUGAUGAGGUUGCUCCCGAGGCGACAGCGCAGGAGGCGGCGCCCGAGGUGGAGCCGGGCGAGAUUGUUCCCGACGCGUCUGGAGAAAAUUCCGCGGCUCGGGACAAAACGCCGCCUUCCUCGGCGAUUCUGGCUCUUCCGAAACAAUCAAGGCCUCCGGCUUCGGACCUGCUGAAGCAUGAUUCCAGCAGGAAAAGAUCGGCUGCGGAAAAGGGCAAGGGCGCGGCCGUCCAAAAGGACGAGCCAUCAAAAAAGAAAUGUAAAUCGGCGCCCGGCGAGCCCGCAUCUCAUAAGCUGGUAGUUGACGACCCGGCUGCCUCCGCGGUAAUGUUCGCCCGCGUCAACAACGCCAACACUCGUCUUCCGCCCUCCGAGCAGUUGAGGCGGUCGAAGUCCUACGCUGCCAUGGCGCAGCGCGGUACCAAGUUUGUCGCGGCUAUCAACGAGAUGAUGGCCGGUUAUGAAUCGGACUUGGUUAAGGACAAGCGCCGCUUGGAGGAGGCUCAGAAGGAAGCUGCGACGGCUAAGGGAACGUUAAACGAGGCGAGGGCCAGAAUUAAGAGGCUUGAAGAAGAGAAAAUAACUCUCCGAGCCAACGUUGACAAGGUGUCCUCCAUGGUGACUCGCCUUGAAGAAUCCAGGAGAGCCAAGAGUGCCGAGGUGGCUUUAUUGAAGAGGCGCAUCGAAGCUAAAGAUGCUUUAUUCGACGCUAAGGUGAAGCGGGCCACGAAGGAGGUGAGGCGCGAGUUGACGACUAAGUUUCAGGAACGUCUCACCGAAGUGGAGGAAGGUCUGGCCAAGCUGGAUGAUAACUAA